AUGCCCAGCUCCGACCACCAACUUCAGCCCCAACACCACCACCAACACCAGCAAACGCAGCAGCAACAGCAGCACCAAGCAGUUCCAAGUUUCCUGCUGCCCAGUAGUGCCAACCUACACGCCUCUCAGGUCGGGGAACCCAGCGCUCCCUCCACAACAGUAGUCUCUCUGGAGGCGGAGUCCUGUCGCAGUCACUUCCUCUGCGCGUCCUCCAUGAUGAUGAGCGCCUCGCAACUGGCUCGCUACUCCUCCAUGUACCCCAGCGAAGUCUACGAGACACUGGGUGACCUCAUGUUUCCCCGAGGACGAAACCAGUUCUCCAAUACAGUAAGUCGGUCGCACUGUUUGCGCACUCAAUAA